GCAGCCCUCACGCCUCUCCGAGACACAAAGCGGGUAGCCUGCUGGGAAGGCGGCUCUUGCUGGCUCUGUAGCACGAAGGAGAGAGGAACAGCCUGCUCGGCUUUUCAUCCGCGGAGGCACAGGGUGGUAGUAGAUGGUUGUGUAUCAGUAAGGGGGGGGUAGGUGUAGUCCAGCUGCUGCGAGCAGGAGCAGGCUCAGUCACUGUCUGUAGAGGCUGGAGGAGCGACGCUGUUUCCCGCACAGACGCGCCGACAGCAGACGGGCAGCUGUGAAGAGCACCGGGCAGGCUUGCGGAUGUGGACGGACAGCCGCUCAAGUUCCAGUCCUGGGUGUCUGGCCCAGUGAUCCAACCCCAGACAGGAGUAGGAAGAGGUGGUAAUAAGUGAGGCCAUGGCGAUGUGCCUGUGCCAGGAUGUGGGCUUGCUCCUGCCUGGCCUAUUCUUGUUACUGAUGAUCAUGGUGUCAUCUGUCCAGAGUCAGGGAUGUCCCCAGCGUUGUGAGUGCAUGACCAAGCUCAAGUCUGUGGCCUGUCGUGGCAAACGCCUGUCUGCACUGCCAGACGGCAUCCCCUUGGACACCAAGGUCCUGGACUUAAGUGGGAAUAAACUUCGUUGGGUGGAGCACGGUGACCUGCUUCCAUAUCCACGUCUUGAAGAGUUGGAUCUGAGUGAGAACACAAUCAGUGUCCUAGAACCUAAUGCUUUUUCCAGUCUCCAGAACUUGCGCUCACUGUCAUUGAGGGGUAACCAGUUGAAACUGGUUCCCAUGGGGGCUUUCUCACGCCUCUCCAACCUGACCUCACUGGACCUCAGUGGGAAUAAGAUUGUCAUUCUUCUAGAUUUUACUUUCCAAGACCUGAGAAGCCUGAGGAAUCUGGAAGUUGGAGACAAUGAUCUGGUUUAUAUCUCCAACAAGGCCUUUCUGGGUUUAGUGGGGCUGAGGGAGCUGACCAUUGAGAGGUGCAACCUGACUUCCAUCUCCAGCCAGUCUCUGUCUUACCUCCGUAGUCUGGUGACUCUACGGCUCCGCUACCUCAGUAUCUCUGCCUUAGAGGACCAGAAUUUCCGUAAGCUGGGCGGCCUGCGGGGCCUAGAGAUCGACCAUUGGCCCUUUUUGGAGUACAUCUCUCCUCACAGCCUGCAAGGUCUCAACCUGUCUUGGCUGUCCAUCACUCACACCAACAUCACCUCUGUGCCCACCUCUGCCCUGCGCAGUUUGGCCCACCUCACCAGUCUCAACCUCUCCUACAACCCUAUCUCUGUGCUGGAGUCCUGGGCACUGCGGGACCUGGUCCGGCUGAAGGAGCUGCAUCUGGUCAACACCAACCUGGUGAUGGUGCAGCCAUAUGCUUUGGGUGGCCUAAGGCAAAUCCGCCUUCUUAACCUGUCAACUAAUAACCUUCUGACGCUGGAGGAGGGGGCCUUUCAGUCUGUCAACACCCUAGAGACUCUUCGUUUGGAUGGGAAUCCCUUGGCCUGUGACUGCCGUUUGCUCUGGAUCCUCCAGCGCAGGAAGACCCUCAACUUCGACAAAGCUUCCCCAGUGUGCAUGACUCCGGUAGAGGUGCAGGGUCGGGCUCUUAGCGCCUUCUCUGACUCGGCGCUAUUUGACCAUUUUACUUGCCAGAAACCGAAAAUCCGCAACAGGAAACUGCAGCAGAUAUCAGCCCGUGAGGGGCAGGUAGUGUCAUUCAUUUGCAAAGCAGAAGGUGAGCCAACACCAGUGAUAUUCUGGAUCUCUCCUCAGCGCCGCCGCAUCACCACCAAGAGCAGUGGCCGUCUCACUGUAUUACCAGAGGGAACACUAGAGAUACGGUAUGCACAGGUAACAGAUAGCGGUACCUACAUAUGCAUUGCCAGCAAUGCAGGUGGAAAUGACACCUACUUUGCCACACUUACAGUCAGUGGGCUGCCACUAGAUGCAGCCCUGAUGGCCAAUCGUACCUACUAUGCUGGGGACCUUAAUGACACAAAUCUGAACGAUACCAGGGUCUUCUUGAAGUUCACUUUGGACCUUAAGACCAUCCUCAUAUCCACAGCAAUGGGCUGUAUCAUGUUCCUGGGGGUGGUUCUCUUCUGUUUCAUUCUGCUAUUUGUGUGGAGUCGAGGAAGAGGACAGCACAAGAACAAUUUCUCAGUGGAAUACUCCUUCAGAAAGGUAGAUGGACCUGCUGCCAGCGGAGGACAAGGAGGGGCACGCAAAUUCAACAUGAAAAUGAUUUGAUUAUAGGGGAUUGUUUUCCUUGUUAGUAUUCUUUCUCCAUACUGUUUACAAGCAGUCUCAAGAUGGGACAUAAAGACAAUGGAAUUGACUUGCGUGUACCCAUAACAUCAAAUGUGAUUUAUUUCUGGAACAUUAUAUUGAGACAUGUUUUUCUUAUCAAAAAAUUACUGUCAGUAUCAAAAACAGGCAAUCUGUAUGGAUUUCAUAUGUACAAAAUAUUUCUCUAUUUAUAUUGCUCUAUGUUGUGUGUCAUGUUAUUUCGCAGAGGAAAUGUGGAUUAUAGUCAAAGAUGUCUCCAAAUCUUGUAUAGACUGUUAUAAGACCAAAACAACAGAAGCACUCAGACCCCUCAGUCUCGAAUCUCUACACAGUUCUGACUGACUCUGUCCUUCUCUCCUAUGAGGGACUGUAUACCCUCCAUCUCUAAAGGACUUCACUUCUCUGCUCCAUCUGAGGUGAUUCAAGCACGCUGUCUCUAAACCCAUGAAUACAUAAUAACAGGGUGGUGCUCAUUGAAUGCCAAGGAAUUGCCAAUACCUAUUUGAAUAGUUUCAGCUAUUUACUGCAUAUUUUGAGUCAUCCCACAGUCAGGAUUCCUGAUAAAUAUUGUACUAUUAGGUGGUAAUUUGAUAUGAACGGAGGCUCUGCUUGAACCCCUUUUUGCUGAUGGUGAGUUUGCACAGAAUACAUUAGACACUUAGAGACUACAUCCUGCAGCAGUAUGCAGUCUCUGCACAACACUGCCAAGUUGACCAUAAAGCACCAUAUAAUAGGAUACUCAAUGCAAAGGCCUGUGAGGGAGAUAUUACUUCUCAUUUAACACCACUGACAUUUUAUCCUGUCCCACUUGUUUGAAACAAGUAUAAUAGUAUUCUACAGGUCAAGCUAAAAUAAUAAGAUCUGAUGCACAGUUGUGUGGUGACAUUCAUGAAGUACAUGCAGAUGCAUGUGAAGAUAAACAUUUGCCAGAUAGAUUUUCCAUUCUAAUUUAUUAUACAGUACACAUGACUCUUGUCCUCUUGAUAUGAAAAUACUGUAUGACAAAGAUUAACAUAUGUACAGAGUUGGCUUCUUACUUUGGGUAAUUUCUAGUCUUUGUAAUUUGUUGGGAUGCUAUCAUCACAUAAUUUAAGAGUUCAUGCUGUAUAGGUAGGACAUACACAAUUUGUAUUGUAUAUUUUGUAAUCCUUGAUACUGAAAUCCUUGUGGUUGUUUAUAGUAACGUUGAGUGACCCAGCAAAUUAUAGUAUAAUUCUGCAGUUAAAGUCUCAAAUCAUAGCUUACUGGUAGGUACUACACUGAGCUAUACUUCCUGAGCUGUCCCAACAAAUUAUGAAGGGCGUAUGAGUCCAGUUUGAGUUCAGUUACCUAUUUUGGGCUGCACGUGACAGUGGGGCGGCUGGCUGAGCCACAGGGGAAGGAGUUAAAUGGUUCUCAUCAGGACCCCAAUGUAUUUGAAACAUGCAGAGAAAAAAUGCAAAUGUGACAGAGACCUUGGCUACCGGAACAAAGGUCACAAUGAAACUGAGCCAGAGAGGAGAAGAGAGCAGAGUUGUGAUGUCCCGGGAAGACUUCAUCGCCCUAAUCGCAAAGGACUGGAAGCUGCCGUAACUUUUAACAGAUGUCUCUUGAGACAGCUCUGCAACUUUUUGUAAAAGUUCUUCAAGUACAAUUAAAUCGGAAGGUGAUUUGAAUAUGGCUCAGCAUUAGGAUGGCUGUAACAUCUUUAAUUUGUGAUCAAGAAAUUUUAAGACCUGUGUAUUUUACCAUAAUAAAGUGUUCUUUGGGAUGUCCUCAUAGAAAGGCAAAAUUUAUUUGUUCAGAUAUUGAUAAAGAGUUUAUAGCACAUACAAUAAAUAAACUGUUUUAGUACUGUAAAAUUAAACAGCCUUUAUGGUAUGCCAAGACAACACAGUUUUGGGCCUUGCAUUCCAGGAGAGGUACUUUGAAAUACUACACUGUAUAUAUACAUAUAUAUAUAUAUAUCACUGUACCAUCAACCAACCAACAGAAACCAGGGGGGUUAAAGCCAGUGCUCCAUAUCUAUGAAGAGACAGAACUGGAAGAUGAUGAGAAAAAAGACUGAACAUCUCAAACUUUUUUAUUUUAACAGCAUGUCUCUUGAUUUGUGGUUUUUGCCUUGGGCAGCCCUGCUAUCGAUUUAGUUCUUAGCCUUUUCCACUGUUAGAGUGAGCCUCCACCAGUUUAAACAGUGUUCCUCUGCUGCCCUCUGUUGGCUACAGACGGUAAUGAAUUCCAUAUUACUACCAGAAUGAAACAGGGUUUGACCUCAGUGACUAUUCAAACACAGGCAAGUUAUUCCAUGUCUUCAAAUGCAAAGAAAAAAUAAGGACUAGAUUGUGGAUUAAUCAUUUCCUCUUAUUAAAGCAGGGCUUAUCUGGGACCAACAGUAUUUUAGAGUGAAAGAUAAUUUAGAACACUUUCCUGUGAGUGGCCACUUAAACAUCAGAAUUAUCCUGAAAACAGCAAACCCCACCUACCUACUACUCUAAGCAGGGUAAAAACAAUUGGUAAGAAUUGGAGAAAGAAAUGGAGGAGCCACCCUUGUUACCUCAUUUAGUGUUUGUGUUCACCUCUGGAUUCAACCAACUAUCCACUGCACAAAACUUAUGAAUCACAAUAGAUAGUUUAUGAAGUUUGAAUAUAUUCAUGGACUAAUUUGACAUCUGUUUAGCUUCCUGGACUUUAAAUGUGUAAACAAUUGAUAGGAUUUUUCAUUGUCCGUUGCUGACUUCAUCCUGUAAAAUAUGGAAACCAUUGUGUUUGGAAAAUGUUCUAGACUGUUUUGUAUUGUACUGUUUUAUAAAAUGAAGCACACUGUUUAUAAAGCAUGUGACAUUAACUGCUCUGA